AUGUGGCUUCUGCUUCUGCUGUUUUUGGAGGUGGAGGGGUGGCAGUACACCCUGCAGGUAAAGAGGCAGGUGACAGUGCAGGAGGGCCUAUGUGUCCAUGUGCCCUGCCACUUCUCUUACCCCUGGGAGUCAAGGCGGGACAGGAUCCCAGUCCGUGGCUACUGGUACAAGCUUGGAACCACCUUAAGUCUGAGCAUUCUGGUGGCCACAAAUGACCCAGAUCGACAGGUGCAGGAGGAGAACAAGGGUCGAUUCCACCUGCUCGGGGACCCCAAGAGCAACAAUUGCUCCCUGGACAUCAGAAACGCUAGGGCGAAGGACAAGGGGGAAUACUUCUUUCGACUAGAGAGGGGCAAUUUGAAUUAUAGUUAUAUUGAGAACAGACUGUUCCUGAGAGUGAGAGCCCUAACCCCUAACAUCCUCAUCCCGGGGACCCUGGAAGCUAGCCGGCCCAGUAAUGUCACCUGUUCUGUGCCCUGGGCCUGUGAGCAGGGGACACCCCCCAUCUUCUCCUGGAGGGGGGCCUCUGUGUCCUCCCUGAGUCCCAAGGACACCCAGUCGGCAGUGCUCACCUUCACCCCCCGGCCUCAGGACCAUGGCACCAACCUCACCUGCCAGGUGACCCUGCCUACGACCAAUGUGACCACAAGGACAGCCGUCCAGCUCAGCGUUUUAUACGCCCCACAGAACCUGACCCUGUCAGUGUCUGAAGGAGCCAGCUCAGCCCCAGAAGCCCUCAGGAAUGGCUCAUCCAUCUCAGUUCUGGAAGGCCAAGCUCUUCGCCUGCUCUGUGCUACAGAUGGCUACCCCACUGCCAGGCUCAGUUGGUCCUGGGGUAACCUGAGCCUGUGCCCCACUCAGCCCUCUGACCCAGGCAUGCUGGAACUCUCUCCAGUGAACUUGCAGCGAGGAGGGGAGUUCACCUGCCGAGCUGAGAACACCCUGGGUGCCCGGCAUGUGUCCCUGACCAUCUCCCCACAGAGCAAAGCAGGGUCUCUGACAGGAGUGAUGCUGGGUGCUGUUGGGGGCGCUGGCGUGGUCACCCUGCUUUUCCUGGUCAUCUGCCUCCUGUUUGUCCUAGUCCGGUCCUACAGGAGGAAGUCAGCAAAGCCAGCGGCAGCCACAGCAGGUGUGGGGGCUCCCAGCACUGGCCCUAACCCAGGCAGGGCCAAACAUGCUGUGGGCGUGGCCUCGCAGAGUCCCAUGGCCAAAUCUCAAGCAGAGGACAGUCCCCCAUGCCAGCCUCCUGAGGUUUCCUCUGCAGAAGAAGACGAAGCCUACAACGUAGAGCCAGAUGAUAUCCACUAUGCAACACUCAGCUUUCAGGAGAUGAAGCCCAAGGAGCCACGGGGCCAGACGUGGGCCAUGGAGAGCGAGCAAGCCAAGGUGGAGUGGGGGAACAAGGGUAAGCCUCAGCUUCCUGCUCCCACUUCGCUGGCUCCCAGCCAGGGUCUCUCGGCUUCUGUGAUGCUGUGGCUGCGGCUGCUGCCCCUGAUGUGGGUGCUCAAGCAGGCACCGGGAGAGGGGCCGGAAAAGCCGAGCCAAGCUGAUGGCCAUGUCCUCUCCAGAAGGUUCCGGACUAAGAAAUACACACUACAUGUGUCAGGAUCCGUGACAGUGCAGGAAGGUCUGUGUGUUCUUGUGCCCUGCACUUUCUUCCACUCUGGUUUUCAGGGCUCCACUAACCAGAUCUUUGGCUACUGGUUCCGGGAUAAGACUGAUGAUCGCAAUGGAGUUCCGGUGGCUACCAGUGACCCAGAUAGAAACGUGGAUGUGGACACCUUUGACCGAUUCCACCUGGUUGGAGACCCACAGGACAACAACUGCUCCUUGGGCAUCAGAGAUGUAAAGAGGAGGGACACAGGGAAAUACUUCUUCAGAAUACAGGGGGAGUCUGUGAAACACAGCUACAAAAACAACCAGCUCUCUCUGCAAGUCACAGCACUGACGGAGGCCCCUGUCAUCGACAUGCCGGAGACCCUGCAGUCUGGACGCCGCAGCAACAUUACCUGUGCAGUGCCAUGGGCCUGUGAGCAGGGGACGCCCCCUGUCUUCUCCUGGAGGUCAUCGUCAACCAUGGUCCUGGACUCCGCGGCCAGCUCCUCUCCAGUGCUCCCCAUCACCCCGAAGCUGGAGGAUCAUGGCACCACUCUCACCUGUCAGGUGACUUUCCCUGGAGUUGAGGUGAUGGUGGAGAGAACCGUGCAACUCAAUGUGUCCUAUGCUCCUCAGAACCUGACCAUCAGUGUGUCCCGGGGAGCCAGGACAGGCUUUCAGACCCUGGCCAAUGGCUCCUCCCUGGAAGUAGAGGAGGGGGAGUCCCUGUGGCUCAUGUGUGUAGUCACCGCCAGCCACCCUCCGGCCACGCUGCUCUGGGCCCCGGUUGACCUGACCCUGGGGCCCUCACAGAACUCCAGCCAGAAGACCCUGCUGCUGGCCCGGGCGCAGGCUGAGGACAGCGGGGAGUAUGUCUGCCGAGCGGAGCACCCUCUGGGCAUGCGGGACACCUCCGUGGUUCUCAUUGUGAAGAGCCCCCUCUGGCUGCUGGGCCCCUCCUGCUCCUGGGGGGCCGAGGGGCUGCACUGCACCUGCGCCUCACAUGCCUGGCCAGCCCCCUCCCUGCAGUGGCGUCUCGGGGAGGCGCUGCUGGAGGGGGACAGCAGCAAUGCCUCCAUCACAGUCACCUCCAGUUCAGCGGGGUCCUGGGCUAACAGCUCCCUGAGCCUCCGUGAGGGGCUCAGCUCCAGCCUCAGGCUCAGCUGUGAGGCCCAGAAUGUGCACAGGGCCCAGAACGCCCCAGUCCUUCUGCUGCUGGGUCCAGAAGGAAAUCCAGGAGGGUGGACAAGAAUGGUUCAGGGAGCCAUUAUGGGAGCUGGAGUCACGGCCCUGCUUGCUGUCAGCCUCUGCCUCAUCUUCUUCAUAAGACCUGCAGGAGGAAGUCAGUGGAGAAGGCUAGGUUUGAGGAUGGGGCUUAUCCUGCAGGGAGCUCCUUCCUGGGUCACCUGAAGUCAUCCUACACCAGCAGCACUCCAGAAAGCCCGCCCCCUGUUGUGGCC